CGGACAAAUAGUUGGGGUUGACUGACUUGAGGCGCACUGGUAUUGGGGCGAAACGUCUGGUAUCAGAUCAGCCGAUUCCCGAAAAACCGUAAUCAACCGAGGUAUCCCGAAUGGUGAACCACAGUCACGUGACGUCACACGAGGGACAUACCAUGUUUAUUAAAGAUGGAACGAGAAUGACACAUUUGUAAAAUAGUCCUACCUAUUAUGUGACCAGUUUAACCAUGGUAAAUGCCUGUUCUGUAUACGGGUGUACAAAAGGUAAAGCCAUUGGUUGUCGGUCCAUGUUUUCAUUUCCAAAAGAUCGUUCCAGACUACGCGCAUGGAAACAGUUUGUAAAUAGAACAAGAGCUUUCUGGAAGGGACCUACACCACAUGACAGAGUUUGCAGCAACCAUUUUCACAGAACAGACUUUGAAAACUACGUAAGAUGGUCUCUAGGCAUGACUAAACAACUACAUUUAAACAGUUCGGCUGUGCCCAGCAUAUACCCCGUUGGAACAUGCUCAACUGUAUCGAAUGUUGCCAACAACCAUGGCAUACCUCCAAAACCACGGAGAGCGGCGACGAAACGAGAAAUUAUGAGGAUAAUGCAGUCGUACGAGAAUUCUGGAUCAGUGGGUAGUACUGUGUCAGGUAUCCCUAAAGUGACCAGCAUAAAGACAGAACCCAGAUAUCAACUGCAGGAACAUAAUGUUGCUAAUACAAAAGUAGCACCUGAAUUUCAACAACAGCAGCAACAUUAUGUAGAAGCCACAUUUCAAUUAUCGGAGCCUUUCGUCACCAAUGUAAAGUUAGAACCAGUAUUUCAACUACCAGGACAUGUCACCAGUAUAAAGGUAGAACCUGAAUUUCAACCAUCGGAACCUGAUGUAACAAAUAUAAAAGUGGAACAAGGAUUACGACUGCCAGAAGAAGUUCAAGCUGUUGUCACCAAUAUAAAGGUAGAACCUGAAUUUCAACCAUCGGAACCUGAUGUAACAAAUAUAAAAGUGGAACAAAGAUUACGACUGCCAGAAGAAGUUCAAGCUGUUGUCACCAAUAUAAAGGUAGAACCUGAAUUUCAACCAUCGGAACCUGAUGUAACAAAUAUAAAAAUAGAACCUGAAUUACAACUACCAGAAGAAACUGUAACCAACUUUCAGGCUGAAAUGGAUCAGCCACAAGAAUCUGUUAUUAUCAACAUAAAGGUAGAACCUGAAUUUCAGACACCAGAAACUCUGUUCACCAUUUUGAAGGUAGAACAUGAACUUGAACCAGGCAAACGUGAAGCUGCAGUUGAAGAUGCAUCUAUACAGACUAAAAUACAAACUUGCACAACAUGAACUAUGAAGCUGCAGUGACCUUUACAUUUGUCAGGGUGUUCAUAUCAAAGGAAAUGUCCAUCCUAGAUCUGAUUUAAAAAAAAAAGAAGCUGAUGGUGUUUAAUAGACUUCACAAAUUGUUCAGAGUUCUAAGUGACAUUUUCUGGUUCAAGUCAUUUAAUUGUUCUAGUACAAGUCAUUUGAAAAACUUCAAGCUUGCACUUCAUAUAUGUACAUGUAUGUCUGUAAUGAAAUAUUGAUUGAAAACACAGGACAGAAGUAUGAUAUAUUAAUAUUUUUAGGAUGACUAGUAAAAAUGUGAGUCCCUUAGAGAAAUUAGAAAGUAUUACAGUAACUUUUUCUUUUAAACUGUAAUCUUUCCUUAGUAUUUUUAGAAUUGUAUGUAAUUUAUAUUAAUUAAACUGUUGGUCAGCCAAGGUAUUAUUGGCAUUGGCCUCGAUCGGUGGGGGACACCCCCCCCCCCUUUUUUUUUUAGCUUGGGGGUGGGAACAGCAUAAGAAAUGUCCUCCCAUUUCAUUUCAGAAGAAACAAAUAAUUGUACUUGAAUAAUGAUUUGAUCAAUAAACUUGUAUUGUACCUA